GUUUUAGCAAUGUUCCGUACCUUGGUAACCCGUGGUGCUCCGCUUCUAAACUUGCAUUCACGUCGUUCCAUACCACGGUUAUUCUUUUCAUCGCCUGCUACAUCAAGCGCAGCUGCCGAGGAUUUGGAUUUGUUGAGGGCUCGGUUACUUUAUCAGAGCAAGAAGCGUGGAAUCCUAGAAAAUGAUCUCCUUAUUGGCGUAUUUGGUGAGAGAUAUCUACCAAAGAUGAACCUAGAAGAAUUGCAGUCAUACGACAAACUCAUCAACGGUGACAUCAUGGAGUGGGACCUCUUCUACUACAUCUCUGGCAAAAAAGAUCCUCCAGCUGAAGUAGCUAAUGCGAGCGCUUUUAUAUUACUGAAAAACUUUGUUCAGCAGAGGGAGUUUGCUGAUAAACCUAAGUCAAAAACUAAAGUGCAAUUCUUGUGGAAAAAUGUCUGGUGGAAGCGGUGUUCCUCUGUCGGAUCGACUAAACGUGGAAAAAAACAAGCUGGACGAGAGCAUCAGAAACUACUGUUUCCCAUCAGCGAGUGA